AUGGCAAGAAUAUCAAGAUUCUUUGUCAUACUCUGUUCAUCAUGGAGCCUUUUCUUGAUCUGGGGCACGCAUCAGCUCCAAUCCUCUCAAACCCAGCUGCUUUUGCAGGUGAGAAAGCAUUUGGAGUACCCAAAAGAGCUAGAAAACUGGGUUAUUCCUCGGGCUGAUCUCUGUUUCCAGUCAUCCCCACAAGUGAACAUCACAUGCCAAGACAACAUCGUCUCCCAGGUCACAAUAUUCGGCGAUUCCAAUCAAAUCCUGUCCAAAAAUUUCUCCAUAGACUCGCUUGUUGUGACCCUGUCGAGGCUAAACACCUUGAAAUCUCUGAGUUUGGUGUCCUUAGGCAUGUGGGGCUCGCUUCCUGAUAAAAUCCACAGGCUUCAGUCUCUCGAAUACCUCGAUUUGAGAUGGAAUUUCCUGUACGGCACCAUCCCCCAAACCCUCUCAAGAAUCACGACUCUUCGGGUUCUCAAAAUAGACGGGAAUUCGUUAAACGGCACUCUUCCAAGCUCUUUUCCGAAUCUGAUGAGCCUAAGUCUGAGCCAAAACAUGUUGGCCGGCCCCCUGCCGUCCGCAUUGACGAAACUUACCUCGUUGACCGACAUUAACCUGUCGAAAAACGCGAUCUCCGGCGACUUGCCCGAUCUCAGCAACUUAUCCGGUCUACAAUGGCUCGAUUUGAGCUACAACAAGUUGAACUCCGUACUUCCGAGCAUGCCGAGGGGCGUGACCGUAAUUUUGAUGAGGAAUAACUCCUUGUUCGGGAAAAUCCCCGAUCAAUACGCCGAGCUGGACUAUCUUCAGCAGCUUGACCUGUCGUCAAAUGCGUUGACUAGCUCGAUCCCGGCUCGACUCACCUGUGGUGGCAAGCUCCAGUUGGUCGAUAUCUCGAACAACAGGCUGAGUGGGGCCCUGCCAGCCUGUCUUAACUCGAACCCAAAAAAUAUGGUUGUUAGAUUUGGCGGGAACUGCUUGUCGGCGGACCAGAGGCACCAGCAUCCGGAGGCAUACUGUGUGGGGAGUAUUCGGGUAAAGAAGGAAGCCGGUGGGGAGAAUAGUGGUCAUGAUAACCAUUUAGGACUAUUGAUAGGCAUUGUUUGUGGAGUUGGUUUGGUUGUGCUGGGAUUAGGUGUUGGAUUUUUCGUGGUGUGCAGACGAUACUGCCCUCGGGGGACUUCAGAGCACCACUUGCUGUCGAAAUCCGUGAAUGAAAGCUCGGUUACAGGGUUCUCGUCCGAGAUUUUAGCCAAUGCCAGCUUUAUUGCUGAUGCAGAGAAGAUGGAGCAGCAGGUAUUUCCGGCUCAUCGCUCGUUUUCACUGGAUGAGCUGAAGGCGGCUACGAAUGACUUUGAUAAGUUAGCUUUGAUGGGCGAGGGCUCGACCGGGAAGAUAUACAAAGGAAGACUAGAGAGUGGGGCCCAGGUAGCAGUACGGUGCCUGACCGUGUCGAGAAAAUAUACGAUCAGGAAUCUGAAGCUCCGACUCGACUUGUUGGCGAAGCUUCGGCAUCCGCAUUUGGUCUGCCUCUUGGGACACUGCAUGGAGAGUGACUGUAAAGUCGGUGACAACAGUGUUUAUCUAAUUUAUGAAUACAUACCCAGUGGCAGUUAUCGAGCUCACCUUAAUGAAACUAAUUCAGAGAAGGUGCUGAAAUGGUCUGAUAGACUGGGCAUUCUAAUCGGCAUUGCAAAAGCUGUUCAUUUUCUGCACACCGGAAUAAUUCCUGGUUUCUACAGCAACCGAUUGAAGUCGAGCAAUAUAUUGCUGAAUGAGCACCGGAUAGGAAAACUGAGUGAUUACGGGUUGUCAGUUGUAGCACAAGAGAUUCACAAGGACGAGGUAUCUAUCAACUCUUUGCAAAUGAAAAGCCUAGACGAUGACAUUUACAGCUUUGGGCUUAUAUUACUCGAGUCGCUUGUGGGGCCGUCGGUUCUUGCAAAGACGGAGUCUUUUAUGCUCAAUGAGAUGGUUUCUUUAAGCAAUCCGGAUGGGCAGAUGCGAGUAGUCGACCCGAAUGUGCUGGCAUCAUGCUCCCGAGAAUCACUUGCAAUCGUUGUAUCUCUAACGAUCAAUUGCAUUUCACCCGAGUCGUCAAAUCGGCCGUCUUUCGAGGAUGUUUUAUGGAGCUUGCAGUAUGCAGCUCAAGUUCAGGCUACUUGGGACCGGAGACCUGCAAAGACACAUCUAUCAUCUCCAUAA